CAUUAUUUUCACGAGUAUUUAUAGUCUUUCUAUACAAUCGUACAAGCUUGUUUUGUAUGCAGCAUACGCACGUUUGGACUUAUCCCGAUGUGGCUAAAACUGCGUAUAUAUAUAGGUGCGGUAGAUUUUCGUGUGGUUUAUAAACCGCGGUAUAGUAUCUCAUACGAUGUAAUUUUCAAAAGAGUAUUCAAGUCAGUUAUAAUUAGUGUGUGUGUGUGUGUGUGUGUGUGCGUAUUGUGCGUAUGUGUUUUUUACGGAAUGGCGACUGAACGGCAACUAACUGACGGGUAUACUCGUACUUUAAUAUCGUGAAUAUAAUAUUACUCAACGUGAAUAAUAUUUUUUCAGUUUUUGAGAACCCUCGGUUAAUAAUAUUAAUGUCCGCCCAACUGAAACUCGUGCCCGGGCCGGCUGCAAGGUUGAAUGCGUCCGUGUGUGCGCGUGCGUGCGCGCGCGCGUUGCGUGCAGCCGCCGUUGCGACUAUGGGACGCGGGGCGAGGCGGUGGUGCCGGGUGACAGAUCGCCGCCGACGCGCACCGCGUAGCCCGACAGGUUGGCCAACCGCGUGUCGACGACAAAUCGGUGGCCGACCGACCGUCCGCGUACGCGUCUGUCGUCACCGCCGUCAUCGGCCGUCGGCGGGCGACCGAUGGUGGUAACAGUGUUCGCCGCGCACACUCGACCGCCGUCGGACCGCCGCCGUCGUCCGACCGUGCGUAGUGCGUACGAAUCGUGCACGACAUUCGGUCGUAGUCGCCGUGUCUUGCUUUUCGUCGAUCGCGGUCAUAGGUGUGAACGGACUGGGGCGGGGCUGACGACGGCCUGAACGGCGUCCCGAUGAUCGUGGCCAUGGAGAGGAAACUCAUAUCGGAACUGAUCGACGAGUACAAGACGUGCACGUGCCUGUGGAGGAUCAAGGACCCGGACUACAAGAACAAAGAGAUGAAGAACGAGGCGUACGAGUCGCUGCUGCAGUUGAUAAAAAAAUACAACGAGAACUGUACAAUGGAUGACCUGAAACGUAAAAUAGCCAAUCUGAGAACAUGUUACUUGAGGGAAUUCAAAAAAGUUAUGGACGCUAAGAGAUAUGGUGGAAUAUAUGAACCCAGUUUGUGGUAUUACAAAUCCUUGGAGUUUCUAAACGACCAGCAUCACAGCGAAGACAGAGUGCGAUUGGGCCGCAGUUAUCCGGAUAAUAGCGACGAAGAUAACGAAUCAAACGAGACACAAAACAUCUUGGUAUUCGAGGACGUAGACGACCGUGCCGGGUCCGAGGACAAGGAUUCGUGUUCCACCGAACCUGAGUACCAACAAUCCUGCGCGGCGACCAGCAGUAAUUUGCAGACCGUUUUGGGUGGUAGCGGUAGCGGUGGUGGUGGCGGCGGUGGCGGCGGUAGCGGUGGCGUUGGUGCCGGCGAAGGAGAUGGCGUUAAGAGACCCAAAAGACGGCGGCGGGUGUUGGACGUGUCGUCAGCGGUACAGAACGGGGGGCCGUCCGCCAGGGUAUCGCAUCCGCCGCCACCGCCGGACCGGUACUCGAGCGGUACCGGAGCCACCGACUUUUACGAACCCCAAAUAUUGGGCGGCGUGGGCGGCGAUCCUGCAGAACCGCCGGUAGCCGACUACUAUGACGGGUUCGGCCGGUACGCGGCUAACGAGCUCCGGCAGAUGGACAGGCAGUCGGUGAUCAUCGCCAAGCGGCUGGUCAACGAAGUGUUGUUCCUGGGCCAGAUGGGCAUGUUGAACGUCAACACGAGGAUCGAGACGCCGACGACCGGUCGCCGGAAGAACGCUUCCGCGUCGGCCGCGUGCAAAUCAGAAACGCGCGAUCGCCGGCGCCGUCGUCGACCGCAUCGUGACGAGGACGACGAGGACGACGACGAUAAUGACGACUGCUGCAUCGACGACGGGGAGGAGCACGGCCACGACGGCGGCGGACGCGAAUCUUCGUCGUCGCCAAUGCCACCCGUCGAGUUCAUGGAGACUUCGUGAUACGCCGCAGAAAACGGGGUCGACUGUCGUCCCAUUAGCAACAAUCUGCACAUCGCACACGUAACCGACAUCUACUGUCCUCCUCCCCAAAUUCAUAGACGAUCGAAAUUCGAUUUUGAGACGCCGCCUUGAAGAAUCCGGUAAAUACGAUUCGUGUUGAUGUACAGCAUCUAUUCAUUAAUUAUUAUGUUUACCUGUAUAUAAUAUAAUGUUUUGUUGUAUAUUAUAUUAUUAUUUGUAAGGAGUAUAGAAUUACCUAUUCUAUAAAAGACUAUUGUUGAUAUGCAUUAUAUGAUGUGUCCCGAUGUAUUUUUAUGUUUUACGAUUUGAGUACAAUAUUGUUUUUUGCGUUUAAAAAAUAUUGUUUACGGGUAUUUUUGUCGUUCGGACCACGCGGCUUUUAAUGAUACUUUGAAAAGUCAAUUCAAAAUACAGUAGAAUAAUUCAUAAUCACAAACUAUUUUUCUACACAUUGUACACUUUAAUUUUAAGAAUUAUAAUAUUUGUUGUUCGAUAAUCAUUAUUAUACUCA